AUGAAGAGAAUAAGCAUUCUAAUCACUUUCAUUGUCUCCAUAACCAUUUUGCCAGCAGCCUCUGGGAACCUGCUGCCAGCAAACGACCGGGCUCAAAAAAACUGCUCCUACUCCGUCGAGAUUGAGACAACAUGUGCACCGUCCGCUGAAACCAAAGAUCAUGUGAGUGUCAGAUUCAGCGACUCACUGGGAAAUUUGAUCAUUGUGAAGCAUCUGAAGAACCCUAAGUCAGUAUACGGCGGGUUCAAACGCUGUGCCAUCGACAUGUUCGAAGCAAAGGGGCCAUGCAUGAGACAGAGGGUGUGCUCGCUGUACCUUAAGAAAGUCGGGUCGGACGAUUGGAGACCUGGUUGGGUAAAGGUGCUUCGUCGUGAUCAAGAUGGUGGCGGCCAUGUAAUAUUCCCGGUUUCCAACAUGUUCUAUUUUAGGACAUUUGUGCCGGAGAAUGUAUGGUAUGGGUUUGAUUAUUGUCACUCUGGCGGAGGUUUUAUUCCUCACGCUGCAGAUUCUGGGUGA